GGGCCUUCAGAGGGACGGGGAUCGAUAGCGUGGGCGCGGGUCCUACAACGGUAGCGGUUUGGCCCUGGUCUCGACGCGUUGACGUUGAAGGAACGGUGACGUGCGCGUGCUCGCGAGGGUGCGCAGACGCGGUUUCUUCGGCAUUGGCGCCGCCUUCUGUCCCUCGGCCGGUGGGGGAGGGGCGGGGAAGCGGCUGAGGCGACAGGUGAGUGCUCCGCCCGCGCUCCCCCAGGGGUCUGGCGGAUUGAGGAAGGCCCGCCUCCUUUCCUCUCUCCCCUCCGACUCUCGAGAGGCCUGGCUGGGUAGCUGACGGAUCUCUUCUUCCGCCUAACACCUGCAAGGAGCCGAAGGCAGCACACGUCACUCCAAAGUCUUUGUGACCUCACAACAGACCUGUGAGCACUUGAGACAUGUGAUUCCCUUGCUCUCCAGAGAAUCUACCAAGUGGGUACCUGUCUUAGCUCUGCAGACAAGAACUGGAGACCUUCAGAGCAACACUUGGUGCCAGCAGCAUGAGAGACUUGGAGCUGGUCCUUCUGUCCCAGAAAAGACUGUAGUGCUGCAGGCAGUUGAGUUUUGCUCAAACACAGGGCAAGAUAACGGAGUUCAACUCAGAAUUUUAUGCACUUGACAACUCAGAGAGACUUUAUCAUCCUGGUUUUCCAGAAGCUGUGCACAAGCCCUUCUCUGCUUCCUUAAUCUGGUAUUCUUCGGGCAACCAUUACUGUGUAGCUUGCCUGCCCUCACCGUUUCUGUUUGUGCUGUGGCCUGUUUCCAGUCUGGAUCAUGGGAGUUCUUGGCCACUCCAUGCCCUCUGUGGGAAAGGUGUGAACUUAGAAAUGGAGCCUAUAAUAGGCCAGGGACCUAUAUGCACAAGGCUGCUGAUUAACAGGAGAACUGGCUAACUGCCCCAGGCAGCCUCUUCCUGCCUGCCUCAGGGUCUUGCAAAGUGCUGGCCUUGCCUGUCCCCCUCCCCCUCAUCAUGUUUCCACUCCUGCCCUUUGACAGCCUGGUGGUUAACCUGCUGGGCAUUUCCCUGACUGUCCUCUUCACUCUGCUGUUGAUUUUCAUUAUCGUGCCAGCCAUCUUUGGGGUUUCCUUUGGCAUCCGUAGGCUUUAUAUGAAAACCCUGUUGCAGAUAUUCCAGUGGGCAACACUGAGGAUUGAGCGGGGUGCCAAAGAGAAGAACCAUCCACUUUACAAGCCCUAUGCCAAUGGUAUCAUUGAAAAGGAGCCCACUUCACUGGAGGAGGAGAUCAAGGAGAUCCGACGGAGCAAUAGCAACAAGGCCCUGGAUGCCUCCGAGUUUGAGCUUUCCGACAUCUUCUACUUCUGCCGCAAGGGCAUGGAGACGAUCAUGGAUGACGAGGUGACCAAGCGCUUCUCGGCUGAAGAGCUGGCGUCCUGGAAUCUGCUGAGCAGGACCAACUACAACUUCCAUUACAUCAGCCUGCGGCUCACAGUCCUCUGGGGGCUGGGCGUCAUCAUCCGCUACUGCUUUUUGCUGCCACUCCGGGUAGCCCUGGCUUUCACUGGCAUUAGCCUCUUGAUAACCAGCACUACAGUGGUGGGCUACUUGCCCAAUGGAAGGUGCAAAGAGUUUUUGAGCAGGCAUGUCCACCUGAUGUGCUAUCGGAUCUGUGUGCGAGCCCUCACAGCAAUCAUCACCUACCACCACCGGGAAAACCGACCCCGCAAUGGAGGGAUCUGUGUGGCUAACCAUACAUCUCCUAUUGAUGUCAUAAUUCUGGCCAGUGAUGGCUACUAUGCCAUGGUGGGCCAGGUUCACGGAGGACUCAUGGGGAUGAUCCAGAGGGCCAUGGUGAAGGCAUGUCCCCAUGUGUGGUUUGAACGCUCUGAGGUUAAGGAUCGUCAUCUAGUAGCCAGAAGACUGUCGGAGCAUGCUCAGGAUAAAAGCAAAUUACCCAUCCUGAUUUUCCCAGAAGGCACCUGCAUCAACAACACAUCCGUAAUGAUGUUCAAGAAAGGGAGCUUUGAGAUCGGUGCCACAGUUUAUCCUGUUGCCAUCAAGUAUGACCCCCAGUUUGGAGACGCCUUUUUUAAUAGCAGCAAAUAUGGCAUGGUGACCUAUUUGCUCAGGAUGAUGAGCAGCUGGGCAGUUGUCUGCAGUGUCUGGUACUUGCCCCCGAUGACCCGGCAGGCUGAUGAGGAUGCUGUGCAGUUUGCCAACCGGGUGAAGUCUGCCAUUGCUCAGCAGGGGGGCCUUGUGGAUCUCUUAUGGGAUGGAGGUCUAAAGAGGGAGAAGGUGAAGGACACAUUCAAGGAGGAGCAGCAGAAGCUCUACAGCAAGAUGAUUGUGGGCAACCACGAGGACCGAAGCCGCUCCUGAGCAUCCUGGCCGAUGGUUGGCUACGUAACCCACUGCCUCAGAACUCCUUCCAGCCCUGUCUUUCCAGGGCCCCCCUGGAGCAGCAGGUUCUUCUUCAGGCUCUGGCUGUCUUUGACUUCAGCAGCCCCCCAGUGGUCCUGCUUAGGGGCCAUGGAGAAAGAGGCCUUGUCUUAAACAUUGUUGCCCAAACAGCAGCAUCGAAGGAUUCUUUGCCAUGUUUGGGCUGCCCGUAUUUGUGUGUGUGUGUGCAUGCUGGAGGAUGCCUGUGUGUAUAUAUCUAUAUAAUGUGUGUGUGUGAGCGUGUGCAGGCUUCUCCAGUGUGGCUUGGAGCACAGCUGGACUAGUCAAGCCCCUACUGCCAGUGACAGAUGCCUCCUGCAGAUUUCCCCCUGUUGCAGUCUCGGGGAAAGGCACAAAAACCUUUUUGCCUCCUUUCUCUCCCUUUCCUUCCCCUGCCCCCCCCCAACUGACAGUGGAUGCAUGGAUACACUUUGCAU